AUGAGUCUGGGCGGAACUAUUCUGACAUAUAACCAUACCCAGUCGUUGGUGGUAGAGCAGCCGUUGGUGACCCUAGUGGAUGAUGAAAUCGAUUCUGGAAGCUUUUCGAAAACUUCUCAAUCAUCGCACACUUCGACCCAAUCGGAUUUCGCUCGCCCAGCAAAGCGCCAACGGACUAGUAGUUACAAUCGACGAUGUUCCAAAAGUUGGCAAGAAAUUGAGAGUGCAAAGUUGCUCUCUGCUCCACAAAUGAAACCCGUGAGCCGGCCUUGUCUUGUGUUUUCUUUUCCUUCGAAACCUGGUAAAAUUGCAGCAAGACAUGCAAGAGCUGUGCACAAGGAGCCUCAUAUCAGCUCGUCGAUUACGCCAAAAUUUCAGAUAUUCGGCUCAGUCAAAUAUCCUUGGGACAAUAGUCCAAUUGCUAUGGCGAUAUGGCUUGCUCAGCAAAUCGACAAUGGAAGAAAGGGUCUUCCCCUCGAACAGGAUCCUCCCAGAAGCAAAGCUCCUCAAAGACCAAACACUAGUGGAAGCUCAGUUAAGAAAGAUGCAGCUUUGCAUCCCGCGAGUGGGGUGCCCUAUUUUAAAUCCGGCACAUUUUGCGAAUCGAAUAGUAUACAUAAAGACGAGAGGCAGACAACAAUUAAUAGAGAACAGUUUGGGGAGAAACAAAAUCUUUCUGUUGACUCUUGUUCUACCAAAUUCUUCCAUUACCUAACUUAUUUGGAAGCAAAAAGAAUCGCCCCAAAGCUGGCUAAAUUAAAACGUUUUAAACCGGGAUUCGGAGAUAGUUUAUUCAACGCAAUGGUAGAUGCGCAUUGUGUAGAUUUGGGCAUAGCAACCGCAGGAAAACUCAUUGUGAAUGUCCUUGUGGUUCUUUCUUGUCCGGAAUCAGAAUCAAAAUGUCAAGCAGCAACUGAUACCCUAAUUGAGCUUCUUAACCUAGAAUCGUCUCUUUCUCCUCGAUUUGCAAAGGCAUUUGCUAUUCUAUCACACGAUACUGAUGUUGCAGAGGUGGUGGAUAUCACCGUUGCACAAAUCAACUCCUGUGAAUUUUCUCUGGGAUUGGAUGGUGAAUUCGAUGCUCUCAGCGGAUUGUCAAACUACCAUUGUCUCAACAUAUCUCAUUCACCGAAAGAUGUCAAUGAAAAAAAAUUCUCUACUGUUCCUGGGGUGUUGGAGAAUCAUCUUUACAGCACCCCUCACCGACCGUCUAUUUCUUCUAGCUUGUCAUCUCCUUUUUCUUGCUCCAAUUCCUCUCUGCCAGAUCAUACUUGUACAAAAACCUCACCGAUAUCCAUAGAAUCUCAAGAUAUCUCUUCUUCAAACUCCAUUUUACAGUCCAAUAUGCCACCUCGUCAAUCAAACCGAGUUAGAAAACCCACGCUGAGGGCCCUGGAAGCUAAACUCAGCUCGCAGACGGCAACGAGCAAAAAAACCAGGGCGAAAGGCUCAAAAAGGGGGAAACCUCAGACAGCGAUGUCCACAGAAAAUAUUGUCGAAAAUACCUGCGAGCAACCAAGUGCCGCCAACAACGACAUACCUAAAAUGGACGAGGAAACCCCUAAUGCGAAUGUUACAGUCGAUUCACUGUCCUGGCUGCCAAAACAAUCAGCCGCUGCUCUCUCCGCCGACGAGAUCACAGCUCCGGAAGAUCUUGACACCUCCAGGUUGGAGGGAGCCCUGGAGCCCAGCAUCCCCGACGAAGCAACCAACCCCUUUCCCAAACCCAAAUCAACUACUGCUUCUCCAAGGCCUGCUGCUUCAGCGUUUACUCCGCCUCCAGAAUCGGAAGCUAUAGUUCAGAAACUUCUGAGCCUAGCUACAGAUGCUUUGAAGCCUAAGUUCAAGCCUCGAGUGCCCAUCAAUUACAAGCAUUCACACCGCAUAUGGUAUGCGAAACAGUUCAUAGCUGCUUUAGGUGCUACUUCGACUGAGCACCCGGCAGAAGCCGACACCUCCCAGGGAAACAAAGAGACUGUCCCAGGUGGCAGUUCAUCAUCUUCUCCAUUUCAGACUUCCGCGACCAAUGUGGAUCCUUCAAGAACAGGUAUUCAGACAUCAGCCACUCCUGCGGGAGUUAUUACCAGUGGCGAAGUAUCCAGUUCCCCUAAUUUUGUUGAUGCUCUUAACGUUGCAACCAAAAACGUCGGUGCCUCUAAUGCUGCGGCAGCUAACGCCGUCCACUCAGAAUCACAAGCAAGUGAAGUUGCGGAGUCAAAAGAUGCUGACCAGACGAUUGCGACUAAAGACGCCAAUGCCUCAGAUGCUUCGAUCGCUGGCAUCGUCCCUUCACCCGCAGAAGCGAGUGAAACUACGGAACCAAAGGACGCUGGCCAAACGGCUAUAGUGGAGCAACCCAUUUCCAGAGAAACUUUUCAGGCAGGUGUCCCCUGCGAGUUCGCUGCCAGCGCGAUCCUGAAACCUCUUUCACUAUCUGUUUUGUCUCAUUCUUACAUUCCUCGUCCUUGGACUGACAAGGAUGGCUGGGUCCACACAGGGCUUGGAAACGAACAUAACGAAGAAAAGGUUAUUGUUCCCGAUACUUAUACCUGGAUCAGGCCAAGGGAUUCCCUCAACAACCCCCGCACCGGUCCAUCCCCUCCUCGGAUGAAGUCGCAUUCCCAGAUCGAAUGUGACGAUGCCUUUGGCUAUCCUCCUCCGGGUCGAAAGCCAAACCUUCCGCAGGAUCUAGAGGGCCCAUUUAUUACGGAAGAUGUUGAGAAACAAACGCAAGGGCCUUGGACCUGUAGCAAGCCCGGACUCGCGGAAUCGUCGAUCGCUCGAUGGCUCUAG